AUGGGAGUAGAUAUCCAUCACAAUCCGCCCGGUUUAUGGUUUGAUGGGGAUUCUUCCUUAUGGAUGAUGCCAUGCAUGAAUGUUGAACUUGCUAACUCGCUAAGCAAAAGAGGAAUAUUCAGCGUACAGACUUCUAAGAUAGUUGACACAUGGCUGACACAUGAUUCCAACAGAAUGGAAGAAAUAAAGUCCAAACUUGAAGAAGCCUCUGGAUUGCCCAAUUGUUGUGGAGCCAUAUAG